AUGGUGAUGAUCCGUGACAUUCUCAUGUACAUGGACCGGGUGUAUGUCCAGCAGAACAAUGUUGAAAAUGUCUUCAACUUAGGCCUCACACUCUUCAGGGAUCUUGUCGUCAGGUAUGGGAACAUCCGCGACCACCUUCGUGACACCCUCUUAGAUAUGGUUAUGAGGGAGCGACGAGGAGAGGUGGUAGACCGGUUAGCAGUACGUAACGCCUGCCAGAUGCUCAUCAUGCUUGGUCGUGAUGUCUAUAAGGAGGACUUCGAGGAACCUUUCCUUCAACAGUCGAUCGAUUUCUAUCGAGUGGAGAGCCAGAAUUUCCUUCGAGAAAACAGUGCAUCGGUGUACAUUCAUAAGGUGGAGGGUCGGAUUGCUGAGGAGAGGGAAAGGGCCUCACAUUACCUGGAUGAGGAUACCAAGGAAGCCAUCGUCCAUGUCGUCGAGGACGAACUGAUACGGAAGCAUAUGCAAACCAUUGUUGAG